GGGCUACCAACAGCGGCCCAACGGCGGCGGCGGCGGCGCGCCCCUGCCCGACCCCUCCUUCCUGUGGAACGUCUUCCAGAGAGUUGAUAAAGACAGGAGUGGAAUAAUAUCUGAUAAUGAACUUCAGCAGGCAUUAUCCAAUGUGUAGAGUAGCAGUUUCAGUGUUUUGCAGUUAUGAAGAAUGCCUACCAAGUGUUAGACAAAAUAUUUACAGAACUGUAAGCUUCCUGCAUUCCAAGAGGCACGUGGACUCCAUUUAAUCCAGCAACAGUCAGGUCAAUUCUUGGCAUGUUUGACAGAGAAAACAAAGGGGGUGUGAACUUCAAUGAAUUCACAGGAGUCUGGAAAUACAUCACAGACUGGCAGAAUGUCUUUCGAACGUAUGACAGAGACAAUUCUGGAAUGAUUGACAAAAAUGAACUAAAGCAAGCACUAACAGGUUUUGGUUACCGACUGUCUGAUCAAUUCUAUGAUAUCCUUAUUCGGAAAUUUGACAGACAAGGAAAAGGACAAGUUGCUUUUGAUGAUUUUAUUCAGUGCUGUGUUGUUCUACAGAGGCUGACUGACGUGUUUCGACGAUACGACACUGACCAGGAUGGCUGGAUUCAGGUGUCCUAUGAGCAGUAUCUUUCCAUGGUCUUCAGCAUCGUAUGACACCAAUAACCAGGAAUCGCACACUGGCAUUACACAGACUGGAGUUGCCAAAUCAUCCUCUACUGAAUAAGAUUAUGUAUUAUAAUGGAUGUAACAUCACAUUCUUAAAUUUUGUAUGUUGGUAAUCAUUGUCAGAAUCUGUACUUGAGUUGGUUUUAUUUUGUAUUAUUGUAUGAUAUGACCAUCUCUGCUUACUGUAGUACAGAAAGCACAGAAUCUAGAUUUAACCAGUACAAUGUUGAACUCUUACACAUAUCCUUACCUCUUACGCAUAUCCUGCAUGGGAAAAAUGACUCUUUAGAAAUGCCAAAUUAAAAUUAUGCUUGUUAGCUUAUAUCAGUUGAAAGCCAGAAGUUGCACAACAUGUUUUGCAUGUGCCUUACUUUUAUAAGAGUUUAAUGUAUUAAUUUUUAAAUACAGAAUUUAAAAUUAAAUAAAAAUACCAGGUCAACUUUUAGUCUGUUUCACUUUUAUACAGCUUUAAGGGGGCGGUGAUUUUAUUUCUGUAUUCUCAUUUUCUAUGAUUCAGGGAUCUCUCCACUUGGAUGGCCUUUUUUAUUUUAUUUUCUAGCUGUCUCCUUCUUUCAGGGUAUCCUUAGGAUGGAUUCAAAUACAACUUCUUCUCACCUGUGAAGAAA